AUGAACCCAACCAGCGACUUCAGCAGAAGCAUUAAAGGAAGGACCAGAAACGAAAUGGUCGAAGUAAAACCUCAAAUAUCCCUCCGUCGGGUUAGAGUCAAUUCAAAGGUUAGAACCAAAGGAGAAGGAACAAUAAGCCACAACCAGACAACUUUAACAGAUUCCAGGCUGAUGAGGAGUCAGAACAGCCAAAACCCAAAAUCCCCUUACCCCCGCCUAACGAAAUGGAGAGCUGCUCAAGUGAACACCUGCAACAGCAAACCGCGAGUCAAGAAUGAGACGAAGGAGGGGAAUCUGGCAAAGAGCAGCUCAUUGUACGAAGAUGAUAUGACGAGGAGCCAUCAAGCAAGAACCGAACAACGAACUAGAAAACUGGCAGAAGAUAGAACUAACGGAUUCAAGUACAUCUCGAAGCGACAGCAGAACACAGGGCGCCAGUUAGAUCCUCAAAACCUUCCCAGACUCAGAGACGCAACGAGAUGUAAGAAUCCCAGAGGAAGGGGGGGAGGAGGAGAAAUGGGAGACAAGCAGAUUCCGAAGGCCAGAUUAUUCUCUCUGAGAGGGGGGCAGUGGAACGGAUCAGUAGGGCAAAGAUAUCCAAGUCUAUCUCUCAAGCCUCAGACUUGGGACCUCCAGCCAAGAGUAAUCACACCAGCAAUCAGUAGGGAAGUGUCAAGUGAGUCUGAAAGGUUUAGCAGAGAGGAACAGGAACAUUUGAAGAAUAUCCCAACAGCGAAUCGGUCCCAGAGAAUUAGAUCAAGAGACGGAAAAAGGACGAGACAAAUCUCUCAGGGAACUCCCAGGUUCGGAUACAUCAGAAUAGAUAAUCCAGUCAAACAACCCCACCCCAGUACAGAUCAGAACCAUCAGGGCCCUGCCUUAUGGAGGGUCACUAACGCCCAGAUCGACUGCAGAGAGCGACACCGUCCCUGCAGUGUGGACCAGCGUUUGGAGAGGGGAAGAAUCGGAGAGCCUCUAAGGACCAGUCUGAGGAACAAAUUAAAAUAA